ACGUCGUCGGAUAUUGCGUCGCAAACUUCGGCUACUGCUGUCGUAGGGGCACAUAACAAAACAAUAGCGACCGAGUUACGGUUUUGUUUCGCUUCCUUACGGAACACAUUUUCGUUUUGCUAUUUUAAAUGGCCGUGUUCGUUGAUCCGUGUUCUGAACGUACCGAAACGAAUGCACGCAGUGUUUACGCCGGGACUUAAUGACUCGAGAGACAGUAUUAGCUUAAGCAUUUAGUCAUGUAAUUAUUUAUAAUUUUAAAUUAUUAUUAUGUACCUACUACCAGUGUGAUAUUAAUGUUACGACGUAUUUUUUGUUAAUUUUUUAAAAAAUAACAAGUGGGUAUUUUCGUUAAUUUUUUUUCAUUUUUAAAUCUUAAACUGUUUUGCGUUGCGUUUACUACGCAAAAAUCGUGCCCAUUAUUCAAUAAGCGCGCGUGUAUUUAUUAAACACAGUACGUCACAGAAACAUUCUAUACUAUAGUUGUCUUUAUCCGUAUACAAGCAUGAUAAUUGAAAUGAAGCCAGUGCCUGUGAAAAAAGAUCAACAGAAACAGAACAAGUUGACUAAGGAAAUCCUCGAUGACCUUAGCUGUCGUUUUAUAAUUAAUGUUCCUGAAGAAGAACGGCAAAAUUUAAUACGGAUAUGUUUUCAAAUUGAGCUGGCCCAUUGGUUUUACAUCGAUUUUUAUUGUGAUGGACAUAAUUUAAAACCAUAUGGCAUCAACCAAUUUGCAUUGCAUAUGUUUCGACAUAUACCGUUUUUAAGAAGUCAAGAAUCCCAAGUUUUAGAAGUGCUUAAAGAAUGGCGUGAAUAUAAAAGAUCAGUGCCAACAUAUGGUGCUAUUCUAUUAAAUGAAGAUAUGACACAAGUAUUGUUGGUCCAAAGUUAUUGGACCAAAACUUCUUGGGGAUUCCCAAAAGGCAAAGUAAACCAAGAUGAGGAUCCUUUGAACUGUGCAGUUAGAGAAGUUUAUGAAGAAAUUGGUUACGACAUUAGCAAUAGCAUUAAUAAAGAUGAAUACAUAGAAACAGUGUUAAAUGACCAGAUUAAUAGAUUAUAUAUUGUUACUGGUGUUAGUAUGAAAACAAAAUUUUCUCCACAAACCCGAAAUGAGAUUGGAUCAAUAGAAUGGUUUAUGUUGGAUAAAUUGCCAGCAAAUAGAAGAGAUCAUAUAGCUACCAAAAGUUUAAAUCAGAAACAUUCCUUUUACAUGGUAUUACCUUUUAUCAGACAGUUGAAGAUUUGGGUGGUUAAAAAGAAAGCAAAAGGAAAACAAAAUGCCAAGCCUCCUAAAAAUUCUAAACAAUCUAAGAACUCUAAACAGUCUUCUAAGAAUUCUAAAUCCCCUUUAAAUCCUAAAACAUUGGUUAAGAAUCCUAAAUUAGUGUCUGAAAAUCCUAAGUCGGUGUCUGAUAAUUCAAAAUUACUUCCUGAAAAUCCUAAAUCGGUGCCUAAACCUAAAACGCCUCCUAACUCUAUAGAAUUGAUUGAUCCUGCCAUCAUUUUUACACCAGAAAGAAAAAAAGAAAAUCCAAUUUCUCUUACGUCUCAGACACAAGAAUUUUUUGCCAUGUUCCCUGAACGAUAUAGUUCACCAAAAACUCCCAUCGUAGCAUCAAACCUUACCACUACUCAGCAACUUACCCCUACAUCGACUACAGAUGAACCUAAUGCUAUUUCAGAAGCCAAACUUAAAGAAUUCUUUGCCAUGUUCCCUCAAUGUUUGGAUGUCUCUAAAACGCAAAAUACGCAAAAAGAGACUAGUACAGUUGUUAAGACGACUGAAAGUAAAAGCAGAAUCAAGAAAACAAAUCCCUGGCCAGAGUUCAAAUUUAAUACAGCUGAAAUAAUGAAAUAUUUUUAAACACACUUCGACUUCUCUCAUCAACAAUUAUCAACAACUACUUGUAAAUGAUUGCAAUAUGUAAUUUUUUUUUUUUUUUUAAAGAAAACAUUUUUAUUUUAAAAUUCAUUUAAAUUCUUCUAAUCAUUUCAUUUAAUAGUUUUUCAAAGUAAAACUAAGUGACAUUAUUAUGUUUUUUCUAUCUAUUUAUCAAAGUAAAUAUCAUAAGAUUAAAUUUAUUUU